UCUGGCUCCCUGCACAGCUGCCACCCAAAACAGAGCUUUCAACCAUGGCCAACCAAGACGACGGCGUCACGGUUCCCAGCUUGGAUUUCCAGCGCCUGAGAGUGAUCUCGGUGCUGGGCCACGGAGCCAAGGGCGUGGUGUUUCUGGUGAAGGGCGAAGAGCCGGCGGAGGAGCUCAUGGCCUUAAAGGUAAUUUCCAAGGACUUGAUCGAGCGGAGGAGUAAAGACACGAAGAGUGACGGCAGCGAGUACCGGAGAGUCAGCUUCGAGCAGCAAGUACUUCGUCGUUUUGACCACCCACUCUUGCCGAAGCUGCAUGGCGUUCUCGACACUGAGAAGCUCGCCGGCUACGCCAUUGAUUACUGCCCCGGCCGCGAUCUCAAUUGCCUCAGAAAACGACAGACGGAGAGGAUGUUCUCUGAUGAGGUCAUCAGAUUUUACGCGGCGGAAUUGGUUCUAGUAUUGGAUUAUCUGCACGGAUUAGGAGUGGUUUACAGAGAUUUGAAACCGGAGAACAUCAUGAUCCAAGAGAACGGUCACAUUAUGCUCGUCGAUUUCGAUCUCUCCACCGAGCUCUCUCCGAUAAGGACUCCUCCUCGAUCAGCUCAAUCGGAUCGUGUCAGAUCAAAUUCCAUAGCAAAAUCAAUCACAGUGCAAAAGAAGCGGCGCUCGCCGUUCCACCGCUUCUGCAACUCGGGGAUUUCGCCGGACGAAACGGUGGCGCCGCCCGAACUGCGCGUCAACUUGGAAAGCCUCUCCGGGUCGGAUUUGGCCGAGAAGUCGAACUCGUUUGUUGGGACGGAGGAGUACGUGGCGCCCGAAAUUGUAUCGGGACAUGGCCAUGACUUCGGCGUCGAUUGGUGGUCCCUCGGGGUGCUUCUUUACGAAAUGCUGUACGGUACGACGCCGUUCCGGGGAUCUAACAGAAAAGAGACGUUUUAUCGGAUACUGACAAAAACUCCUGAACUAACAGGCCAAACGACGGCUUUGAGGGAUCUGAUAAAAAAUUUGCUUGAGAAGGACCCGAAGCAGAGAAUCGGAUCGGUGGAGAUCAAGGGCCACGAUUUCUUUAAAUGGGUUGAGUGGGACUCGGUUUUGCGAAUCUCGAGGCCGCCGUACAUCCCCGAAAUUGCGCCGGCGGUGGGUACGGACGGAAUUGAAAAUAAAAUUGAUGUGGAGACGGUGGUGAAGGGAAUAUUCGGUGCUGAAGAUGGUGGUGGGGAGGAGGAGGAGAAUAAAGGCAAGGAAAGUGAGGAGAAUAAUAGAAAAUGGAAUAAUAAUGGGAAGGAAGGAAAUCAGGAGGAUGUAAAUAAAGGGGUUUGCGUGGAAGGUUGUAAAGCAUUUUUAGUUUUCUAACUAUUCUUUGAGAGGUUUUAGUUUCAAAUCUCGUGAAUAGUUAAUUUGAUACCAAAUAAGGUUACUUAUUGUAUGGUUUAGUCGAAUUUUCUUAUUUUUCUUAGUGUAAAAUAUUUUUUGAGAGGUUUUAGUUUUGAAUCUCGUGAAUAGUUAAUUUGAUACCAAAUAGAGUUACUUAUUGUAUGGUUUA